AUGAUUAAGGUCACGGCCGAUGGUACCUACAUCACUCAGACUGCACUCACACUUCGUAACCCCGCUACCUCUUAUGAACGAUGUGACACUGUUCAGCGGCCUGUGCUACAAGCGGCCCUUUUUGAUGCAGACUACAUGUCGGCCGUCGUGCUUGCAGUAGCCUUGGUGAAGCUUUUCUGUCGUUUUCUUGCUCAGAUAUCCGCUAAUGAAACAGGUUAUGUUAGUGAAGCAGAUAUUAUCAAGCGUGGCCGCAAGAUCAACUCUUUUGCCGCCGAAUCAAUGCUGAUUAUCUCCAGCGCCAUCCAUUUGGCAAAAAGUCAGCUCUUAUCUCACCAGGUCAAUCCAGACCAUCUAGACCGAAUGUGGAUCUGCCUAAAGGUAAACGCUUUGGCCUAA